UCUCCCACUUCCCCUGCUUGUGUUCCCUCUUGCUGUGUCUCUCUGUCAAAUAAAUAAGAUCUUUAAAAAAGAAAGAAAGAAAGAAGGAAGGAAAGAAAGAAAAUGUUCUGCAAGCUUGCAGCAGCAACUUUCCAGAGCACUUGGUUCCAGAGUGGUGUCAUUGUCAACUACUAACAAGGUUGCUCAACAGAGCCGGAGAGGGGAUAAAAGCUUUUCCUGGUAGUUAAGAGUCUUGUCUAAGGGAAGGGCAGUGGCUUUGAAUUUAGCCGAUUGGCAGAUGGCCUUCUACCACAGUAGGGUUUCCAGACUUGUCACUCGCACUACAGGGCAACUGCACCCAGAGGACUCCGUCAGCUUUCACUGGGAACUCAGACCCAGGCAUCCUCAGACCUUCCUGGGAGCCAUCUCCAGGGAGCCAAAGCCUCCCGGGACUUCAAUAAAAAGGACCUUCCCUGCCUGACACAGCAGAUGAGACAGCUGUAAGCCUGCAAGCUCACACUCAUAUCUGGGAUUACACUGGAUCUGCAUACUCAGAACAAGGUUUCCACCAAGCUGAAGCCAUGAGGAUCCAUAGCCUCACCCUGCUCUUCCUUCUUCUGGCUGCUCAGAUGUCAUUGGUGAAGGGCAAAAACAAAGUAAAGAAUAGACAUGUCAGCAAAGGCAUCAGAGAUAAAUUGCAUACUCUGGAAGAGACCCAGGUUGAGCCACCCAAGCACCUGACCAAAGGCAAGUUUGUCACCCAAGACCAUGCCAACUGCCGAUGGGUGGUGACUGAGCAAGAAGAGGGCAUUGUCCUGAAGGUUGAGUGCACCCGACAGGACAACCAAUUUUCCUGUGUCUUUACUGGCAAUCCAACUUCCUGCCUAGAGUCAAACAAAAAGAAUGUCUAUUGGAAACAAAUUGGUCGGAACCUGCGCUCUCAGAAGGUCAUCUGUGGGGACGCCAAAACUGUCCUGAAAACCAAGGUGUGCAGAAAGAAGUUUCCAGAAUCCAAUCUCAAGCUGGUGAACUCCACUCUGAUUCAGAACAAGAAACCCAGCCAGGAGUUAACAAAGCCCUCUCCCAGGAAGCAAAGCAAAGUCAAUAAGGCCUCCCUCAUGGAACCUAACAAGGUCAAAGAGUUAUCCCAUAAGAAGCAGAUAAAGGUCGGAGAGACUACCCCCUCUGGCUCAGUGGAGACUCAGACCAUAGCCACCAAGGAUCCCAAGUGUGUGGAGGACCCAGACUUAGUAAAUCAGACAAAGACGGCCCUGGACUACUGUGGGGAAUCCUGGAGCUCUUUCUGCAAAUUCUUCAUCACCAUGGUCCAGGGCAGUUCAUGCGAAUAAGUCAAAAGAGAACAGAGAGCUUUAGGAAGUCCUAUGUCAAAGCCCUUCGGUAUGCGGUAAAGCUCUCUGAGUAAAAUUAACAUCUGUGCUAUGAGAGUGCCGUGGAAUAUUUAAACAGAUUUUAUAACUUUUCUUUUUGUGUUUUGGAAUUUGCUUUUUUUUCAUUUCCUUAAAUUUUAUUUUCAGAGGUUGUUUACCUCAGUAUAUGUUUCCAUGGCCCACAAAGCUAUGUGUAUUAUAAGCAGUGAGGUCCAUUCUUUGAGCUGAAUGAGCCAGAGUGAUGAUUCAAUGCACUUUCUGCUGAAUUAACAAAGUUAAUAAAGCUCUGGGUAUUUUUCAGAAA